CUCGAAGCUUGAAGCUUGAAGCUUGAAGGUGGGGUCUCUCUUUAUCUCUGAAAAAUGCAUUGCCUUUGUGGGCCUGGGCCUACAAAUAAUGUAACAAAACGGACAUCGUUGUCUUGAUCAUUCUUCCUGGUCAUCUCUGUUGUUGCUGCUAGUCCACGUAGUACAAGCCAGGCACGUGAAACGAGCAGACAAAGUCCCCGACAUUCCCUCCGGUUCUUCAAUCUUCGCGCAUUGUCUUUUUGUUUUCACGAUGAGCAGAAGGGUCAUCAGUGACUUGUGUAGUGACCAGAAUACUGGAGAGGUUGUGAAAGCUCUUAAAUCGGAGCCAGAUCUGGUGGGAAGGUCAAUGGAGAUUAGAGCACACAAUAAACCUGUUCUCGAUAACUUUGCGCAGUCCAAAACUCAUCAUAGACAAGAAGUGGAAGAUAAUAGGAGCUCAAGCGCUGUCAGUACUGGCCAAAGUGGCACUAGUGCGCUGGAUCAAGAGCAAUCCCAAUUUGAUCAUACAAGCCCCUGUUUAACAUCUCCAAUCAGUCCGGCACCUUUGUGUCGGCAAUUUUGGAAAGCUGGCAAGUAUGAUGAUGGAGUUGCACCAAAAGCCAAUCUACAAAAUGGCACAAAUCACCUAUAUAUUCACCCUAAAUUCCUCCAUUCAAAUGCUACUUCGCAUAAAUGGGCUUUCGGUGCCAUUGCAGAACUGAUAGAUAAUGCAGUUGAUGAGAUACAAAAUGGAGCGACGUUUGUGAUCAUUGAUAAAACUUUAAAUCCAAAGAAUGGAGCUUCGGCAUUGUUAAUUCAAGAUGAUGGCGGUGGAAUGGACCCAGAAGCAAUGCGACGCUGUUUAAGCUUUGGUUUUUCAGACAAGAAAUCUAAAUCAGCCAUUGGACAGUAUGGAAAUGGCUUCAAGACCAGUUCAAUGAGACUUGGAGCAGAUGUCAUUGUCUUUAGCCGCCACAUGAAAGACAGGACUAUGACACAAAGCAUUGGUCUUCUGUCCUAUACAUUUUUGACGCAAACCGGCCACAACAGAAUAGUGGUUCCUAUGGUUGAUUAUGAGUUUAACACAUCAACAGGCACAAUGGAUUUCCUCCAGGGACAGAGCAAGGAAAAUUAUAUGCAUAACCUUUCCAUUUUGUUAAAGUGGUCUCCAUACUCGUCAGAAAUUGAACUUCUUAACCAAUGCAAGGACAUUGGAUAUCAUGGCACAAAGGUUAUUAUCUACAAUCUCUGGUGUAAAGAUGAGAGAAAUUUGGAGCUAGAUUUUGAAUCAGAAGAAGAGGAUAUUCUGAUUGAUAAUGAAGCCAAAAAGCUUGAAAAGGCGGAGAAACGGGUGUUAGCAACUGAAUUGCAUAUCGCUAAUCGUCUCCAUUAUUCUCUCCGUGCUUACUUAUCUGUCUUGUAUUUGCGUCUCCCUAGUAAUUUCUGCAUGUUUCUGCGUGGACGAGUGGUAGAGUAUCAUAAUAUUGCUACUGAUCUCAAGUAUCCAGAAUUCAUCGUUUAUAAACCUCACAAUGGUCGUGGUGUGGAGGAUAGAGUUAUUACAACAAUAGGAUUUCUUAAGGAAGCUCCCCAGGUCAAUAUAUAUGGUUUCAAUGUCUAUCACAAGAAUCGUCUAAUACUGCCCUUUUGGCGCCCUGCGAAUUACACAUCCAACAGAGGCAGAGGAGUUGUUGGUGUUCUAGAAGCGAAUUUUAUUCAGCCCAGUCACAACAAACAAGAUUUCGAAAAAACUAGUGCUUUCCAAAAGCUUGAAGUCCGCUUGAAAGAAAUGACUGUGGAAUACUGGGAUCACCAUUGUGGAUUCCUUGGGUAUACGGUCACAAAAAAACCCCGCGCAUUAAUGACAUCACAGGUUACAUCUGAAGUCAGCACACAACAUGGAGCAAUACAACCUGUUAUGUUGAGUAAAAAUUUCGUUUCUUAUGGUGAAGCACUUGCUGAAGCUGGAACCUGUAUACCUCCAAUGGUUGCUUCUUCAAAUUACUUAGCAAGGACACCAGGUCAACAGAUAUGCAACCAGAUAGACUCACAAGAAGGAACGAGUUUGAAGAGGAGAGAUUCUCAUGGCCAGGAGUCUGGAAAGGUUAAACGGAGGGCUGUGGCUAGGGACAAUGUUAUUAAUACUAGCCAAUGUCUACAAGUAGAGCCUCCCACUGAUACUGGUGAAUUGCUGGAAGAUCAAGAACCCAUAAACGUGAUGCAAGAAAACAGAAAUCUUCAUGCACAGUGCAUUGGAAAUGAGAGGACGGGAGCAGUACUAAAAGAAAAGGUGAUAACACACGUGUUAUCUGAUUCCAGCACACAGCAUGGGGAAAUACAACCUGUUAUGUUGAGUAAGAGUUUCUCUUCUACUGGUACUGCACCUAAUGCGGCUGGAACCUGUACACCUCCUGUGGUUGCAUCUUCAAAUGAAUUAGCAAGGACAUCAGGUCAACGAAAAUGCAAUCAAAUAGACUCACAAGAAGGAGCACGUAUGAAGAAGAGAGAUUCUGAUUUCCAGACUGAAAGGUUGAAACGGAAGGCGGUGACGAGGGUCAAUGUUCAUGAUUCUGGCCCAUGUCUAGAAGUAGAGCCUACCACUAAUACCGGUAAAUUGCUGGAAGAUCAGAAGGCCAUAAUCCUGAUGCAAAAAAACAGAGAACUUCAUGCACAGUGCAUGGAAAAUGAGAGGAAGGAAGCAGAACUGAAAGAAAAGGUGGAAACACUAAGAACUGAAUUGAAAGAGGCCCGAAGUCAGUACACUCAACUGUUAGCUGACUUGCAGUGGUUGGAGAAGGUCAAGGUGGAAACAAGCUUCAUUAGAUAAAGAUGCACGAGCCCUAAUGGAAGUUCACUGCAUUCUCUAGCAUCAUUUUUGCAUCCGGCCAGUCACCAGAAAUUUGAUGACAAUGGUAGCUUAGACUUAGGCCAGACUACUUAUGACUAGGAAUCUGUGCAUUCUGUGAGUUGUUUGGCAAGUCUUAUUCGGGUCUGUUGCAUGUUCUCUCUAUUUUGAAAUUCACCCAAUUCACCCUUCAGCGGUAAAUAUUGCCCCCAACCCAAGUGUUUAUAUGGUACUCCUUGUAAAUAAUAGUGUUUUGCAAUUGUUAUUGUUCGUUAAAGUUGCAUCUCCCUUGGGGGGAUUUUGACCGAUAUGGUGAUAUGCAUCACCAGUUGUAGAAGCAACACAAAUCAAGCUCACAA